AUGGGCUCACAUGAUAGGACCAAAGUCUACAUGUCAAGGCCAUGUGGUGCUGUUGAAACUCAUGUGCUAGAGUCACGUGACACUUCUGAGGUCAUGCAACAGCACCAGAGUCAUGUGCUCAGGUCAUGUGGCACUGCUGACAUCAUGUACUGGCCUCAUGGGCUGAAGACAUCCUGUGGCCCCGAUGUGUUCAGUGGCAGCUCCGAUCCUGGCGUUCAGUCCUAUAUGAUUGUCCUCAUGGCCACCUGCUGUAUCUUUCCUCUCAGCAUCAUCCUGCUCUGCUACAUCCAAGUGUGGCUGGCCAUCCGGGCAGUUGCUAAGCAACAGAAGGAAUCAGAGUCUACCCAGAAGGCCGAGAAGGAAGUGUCUCGCAUGGUGGUGGUAAUGAUCCUUGCUUACUGCUUUUGCUGGGGUCCUUAUACCUUGUUUGCAUGCUUUGCAGCAGCAAACCCUGGCUACGCCUUCCACCCUUUGACAGCAUCUCUUCCUGCCUAUUUUGCCAAGAGUGCCACUAUCUACAACCCCAUCAUAUAUGUCUUCAUGAACCGGCAGUUCCGAACCUGCAUCCUACAGCUUUUUGGGAAGAAGGUGGACGAUGGCUCUGAAGUUUCCAGCACCUCUAAGACAGAGGUCUCUUCUGUCUCCUCUGUGGCGCCCGCAUAA